AAUUAGAAAAAAAAAAUGUAUAGUAUUUCUCUUUUUAUCAGAAAUAAAAAUGUUUACUUGCCAUUGAGGAAGUAUUUUUACUUUGGAGGACUAUAUAAAUUAGGGCACGUUAGGCAAGCAAAAGGGAAAAGCUUUCGCUCAACCCUCCCUGGUUUCCUUUUCCGGGCUCAACGGAAAGUCGCCGGAAAAUCGUUUUGGAAAAGCCGGAGACCGGUUUCAAAUUGCGCCAAUAGCUUUGGGAAAAGAAUGGGUGACCGCCUCUCGAAUGUGUUUUCGGUGCUGGAGAUUGACGUCGAGGACGAUCAUCCCGCGUCCGCAUCUUCUUCUUCCUCUUCCAAAGCUUCAGGUAAAAGCAAAAGCAAUGGAAAGGGCUCAACUGAUGUGGUUGUUGUCAAACAAGAGAAACAGAGUAAACUGAAUUCAGCAUUGCUUUCGGAGAACUACAAGUUACCCCUUGUGUGGAUUGACUUGGAAAUGACUGGUUUGGAUAUUGGGGUUGAUAGAAUUUUGGAGAUAGCUUGUAUAAUUACAGAUGGCAGUCUCACCAAAUCAGUGGAGGGUCCUGAUCUGGUUAUCCAUCAAUCUAAAGAGUGUUUAGAUAGAAUGGGUGAAUGGUGUCAAAAUCAUCAUGCAGCUAGUGGAUUGACAAAGAAAGUGCUCCAAAGUACCAUUACUGAAAGAGAAGCUGAAAAGCAGGUCAUAGAAUUUGUGAAGAGAAAUGUUGGUACAUACACACCUCAUUUAGCUGGAAAUUCGGUUUAUAUGGAUUUUCUCUUUUUAAAGAAAUAUAUGCCAGAUUUGGCUAGUCUUUUCUCUCAUGUAAUUGUUGAUGUGAGCAGUGUAAGGGCUCUUUGUAUUCGCUGGUUUCCAAGAGAUCAAAAGAAAGCCCCUUCGAAAGAAAAGAAACACAGAGCCAUGGAUGAUAUCAGAGAGAGCAUAUCGGAACUCAAGUACUUCAAGGAGACGAUAUUUAAAGCAAAGUCCAAUAAGUAAAUGCCAAUUGCUAUUGGAGACAAAUUCACACAACUGCUAGCUACUCUUUCUUGAGAACAAUUAGGUAUUGAACUAGUUGUUUAUAAGUUUGGUACAAGUAUUCUCAUAUGUUUAUUUGAUAAUCCGCCUCAACAUAUGAUGAUCAUUGCCACAUAGCCAUGUGGUUUGUAUGUUGAUGCAAAUGUGCAAUGGUUACAAGUUUGUCAAGGAGAUCACUUGAGGUUCUUAACUGUAAGCAACAUAAUCUGUAUGUGGUUUCAUCGGUAUAAGUAUGCAGGGUUAAAGCAAUGAUUUCUUUUAUAU